AUGCAAAUAUUACCACCUGCAAAAAGAGUUCUACAUUUUUGUGAAAGCAAGAAUUGGUUUAAUUCAAGACAUGCUAACAAAACAAAAGAGAAAUAUCUGAAGACAGAGAAAGAAUUGUUUGAUGAUAUUAUUGUAACAGAAACUUUCCAUUUAAUUGACAGAGAUCAUUCAAGUAAAUGAUGAAUCUUAAUAUAAAUAUAGAUUCAAUAGAAUUGGAUGAAUUAUAUUCUAUGUUAAAGAAAAAUAAUUAUCCUGUAAAUAUGGGUCUACUUAAAGCAUUCUUUGAAAAAACAGAUAGAGAUGGGAAUAGUAAGUUAUUGUGUUAAAUUCAGAAUGCAUUGAUUUGGAUGAGUUUAAAUAAGUAAUCAAAGAUGAAUCGAUAUCUUAAAGUAAUGAUAUCAAAUUAUAUUGAUUAGCUUUUAGAAUGAUGAUGAGAAAGAUGAGAGAAAUAGGAGAAGACAAUUAUUAUUCUACUGAUUUUGUAAAUCUCUUAAGAUAUUUAUGCUAUUGUUCAAAUAGGACCGAUCUUAUUUAUCAAAUAAAAGUACUUUAUUAUAUAUAUAAAUUCAAAUUAAGAAUACGCGACUAUCAUAUGAAACUAGAUCCAAAUUAGUUUCUGACUUAUUUAAAGUUAAUUAAUAAUUUACAAAGUCAUUACACACAACCUAAGAAUAAUUAUUCACACUUAGACCAUUUAUGAAAAAGAAAAACCAAAUUGAAUUCAAAUAUUUGACACCAAUCCAAAAAAGACCUAAUUAAUUUUCAAAUCAUUCAACUACUAUUAGCAAUCAGAAUUCUAUUAUUUCAUUAUAGACAAUCAAUUAUUAAUUAUAGUCACAUAGAUCUUCUCCAGAAGGAUAUUUAAUUAAGAAGAAAUAAACCAAUCUAAUCCCUACAACAUUAUAAUCCACAAAAUCAACACUCUAAUCAACUUAAACAACUCUAAAAAAGAAUAAUAAUAAAUUUUGA